AUGGUGGUGCUCAAGCAGGAAGAAGUUCCGGAGUGUCUGAGAUAUCUGCCUCGCAACUACAACUUUGAGACGGGAAAGGUGCUGAGAACAAUCAGAAGACUGGGCGCAAAGAGGGUGACUCUGCAGUUCCCAGACGGUCUUUUGAGAUACUCCUUUGUGAUAAUGGACGUUAUAGAGAAGUAUACGGGGGCAGAGUGCAUUCUUCUGAACGACGUUGUCUAUGGGGGAUGCUGCAUAGACGAUGAGAGCAUUGCUUCCGAUCUUCUGGUUCAUUACGGGCACUCGUGUCUUGUGCCUGUGGGCGAGAUGAGCACAAAGGUUCUCUACAUCUUUGUGGAUAUUAGGAUAGACAUAGACCAUGCAGCAGAAAUGAUAAGAAGAAACUUCCAGGGAAAGAUAGGAGUGAUCGGCACGAUACAAUUCAACUCCAGCAUAAACAGGCUGAAAAGGGUCUUGGAUGAAGAGAGGGGCGGAGUUGAAUGCACUCUUCCACAGAUAAGGCCCCUGAGCAGCGGAGAGGUGCUGGGCUGCACGGCACCAAAAAUCGAGGGUGUCUCUGCAGUUAUUUCCAUAGGAGACGGAAGGUUCCAUCUGGAGGGUGCGAUGAUAAGAAACCCGCAUCUGAGGUUCUACAAGUAUUGCCCCUUCAGCAGGAGGAUGACGCAGGAGUCCUAUGACCACAGCACCAUGCUGAGCGAUAGAAAGUCUGAGAUCAGGAAGGCAUUCAGUGGAAGAUCGUUUGGAGUGAUACUGGGAUCUCUUGGAAGACAGGGGAAUAGGAGCAUCCUAAGAAGCGUGGUGGACAGGCUGAAGGAAUACGAUGUCUAUCUGAUAAUGCUCGACGAAAUAAGCCCUAAGAAGCUAGAGCGAUAUAAUUUCAUCGACAGCUUUGUCCAGAUAUCGUGCCCAAGGCUCAGCAUAGACUGGGGGAAGCUUUUCAAGAAGCCUCUGCUGACGCCUUUCGAGGUGUUUUACAGCGGGGGAGAAUACUUGAUGGACUACUAUUCAAGAGAAGGAAGUGGAGAAUGGAAGAAUUACAGAUAG